AUAUUUAUUGCAGCAAUGUCGAAGGAAAGGGCUACAUGGAACUCUAGAUAUGAGAAAGGGCUUGUUGACAUUAUGAGAGAUCAUGUGAAUAUCCCGUUGUUCAGGGGUCAGAAUGGAUGGACCGUAGAGGGUUGGAGAAGUAUCUCUGAGAAGUUUACCCAAAUGUAUCCUUUAGCACGCUUCACAAAGCAGCAACUGCAAGAGAAGGAGAAGGAGCUAAAGGGCAGCUGGAAGGCAAUACAUGUAGCAAGAAAGGAAAGUGGUGUUGGCUGGAAUGACACAUUGGCCAUGGUCAUUGCGGAACCAGAAAAAUGGAAGAAACUUAUCAGUGAUAAUGCAAAGAUGACUAAGUUUCAGAAGAAGCCGUUUCCUUUAUAUGAUGAGUGUACAUCAUUGUAUGCGGGAAGUGUUGCUACUGGAGAUCUAAACUUCACAUCAACUGAGCACUUGCUGCCUGCUCCCGCUGCUCCCCUUGUUCCUACUGUUGGCCCAGCUGCUCCCGCUGCUCCAGUUGCUCCACCUGCUCCAGCUGCUCCACCUGCUCUCGCUGCUCCAGCUGCUCCAGCUGAGAGCACAGGUCUAUCUACUCCUUUUGAUGGGCUAGAUGUCUCAAGUGCACACAAUGAAGCUCAGUCUACAGGAGAAUCUAAUCAAGGAGUGAGUGGUGGGAGAAAGCGUAAGCAAAGUCUUGGUGCUGCUAUUGAUGGUUUUGUGCAGUUUAAGAUGACACAAACAAGUAAAACCAUGAAAGCUCUCGAAGAAAAGAAGAAACAAGACGAACAAUUUUCAGUUGACAAAUGUCUCGAUGAAGUUGAUACCAUGCAACUUACUGAUGUGGAAAAGGCAUAUGCUAUGAACAUCUUCAAAUCUGAGAUUGAUAAG